AUGCGCGCUGCUGCAUUAUAUCGCAUGUGGCGGCUUCUACUGGUGCGCGCCCUCCCCUUUGUUAUUUCGGACGACCUGGCGCUCCUGCAGCGCCUCGCGCAUGACGCCAUUGCCUACGACUGCAACGACGGCCGCACCUGUGGCGAGCUACAGCACCUGUGGCGCACGGCAGCACCUGUGACGCACGGCAGCACCUGUGACGCACGACUUUCUUCUUCCUGCCGAGGUGGAGUACAGGAGCAGCUGCAACUGGUACACAAGCACCUGGCGGCUGCUCCUGCACCUGGCGGCUGCUCCUGCACCUGGCGGCUGCUCCUGCACCUGGCGGAAGCUGCACCAGUGGCGGUUGACGAGUGGCGGCCGCAUCAGCAGCUUGUGCAGGCCAGCUUUCUCGUGCCGACCAGCAGCUUCAACUUCAACGGCGUGCAGCAGGGGUCGCACAUCAGCAGCACUACCCGGCGCUCGGCAGCAGCAUCAGCGUAUUGCAGUAGCGACACACUCGCGGAAGUAGCGGCGGGUGAGCUGGAGACGACUAGCAGCAACUUGCUGCUGACCCAUUCUUCUGCCGAGCCUCGUCUUGUUCUGGAUGCAGAGUCAGUCAUGCCUGCUUUCACUUGUGAUGCUAUCCCCUUGUCACACCAGCGGGCGCACGGGAGCAGCUGUGGGCGACUGGCCAUGGCGGCUGCAACAUUUCCUGCCCACCUGAAGCAUCACUUGGCCGCUUGCAGCAACAUCGGGCCUGCUGCAGCAGAUGGCGGCAGAAGCACUCUGCACCAGCACUCUGCCUGCAGCUCCCCUUGA